CCUUGGCAACGCCAUUUUGACUACUUCAGCGACAGCUAUCUCCUACAUGUAGAUCUCCAUGCCGUAGGAAACGAUUCAGGUACAAAAUGGGAAAAUGAGUACAGACGUGAUGUAUCAGUCACCGCCUCGCCUGGAAGCUUGGGCUGGACAAUCUUUACCACCCAGUGGCCUCAGAAGUAAAACACCUUCACCCAAAGGCAGCAGGAAACUUGACAGACCUAAAUCCAGUCCAAGCCAUCUAAAAGUAACAUUCAGUCCAUCAGUGUCUCCAGAACCUCCUCAACCAGCUAGACCUACAACAGCUGCUGGAGCCAUCUCAGGAUACGAAUGUGACCGCCUGUAUCAAGUAGAACAUGAAGCAACAAGGAAACACAAGUUUGAGAAUCACUUUGGACCCAAAAAAGGGAAACCGCCCCCUUGGCAAAAAAAUCUGGAUACACCCAUGGUUCCCUAUUCAACAGGACCUGGUUAUACCAUGUCAAAGAGUAAAAAUAAACUGGCAGUUACAUUGAAAAUGGAUGACUUCUUUAAUCCUAGACCAGAAGAAAAACAGGCACAAAAGAAAACUGCAAUCCUGCAGGAUUCACAUAGAGAGGAAUUUGUCAGGCAGCUUCAGCAGCAAAUAGAAGAUCUGACUUUAUAUUUAGAGGAAGAACGCCUAAACCACAGACAUACCAAAGAUAAGGCAGCUCAAAAUCUUCAGACAAAAGUCAAGGACAUGAACCAGGAGCAGGAGGAACAUGUGAGGGAAUUAGAAGCAGAACACCAGGAGCAGAUGAAGAGAAUGAAAGCAAGCUUCGACAUCACUAUGGCAGAGUACAAAAGUACAACUGAAGCUACAAUAUCUCGAAUGAAAGGAGAAAUAGAAUUCCUGCAUGGUUCAUUUGAGUCCUUUAAAAGCUCCCUCACUCAAGAAAUGAACACCAAGUGGAAGAGAAAAGAGGAGGAAAUAGAGUAUAAACACAAAGAGAAUAUCCAAAGUCAUGUUCAUGAAAUGAAACUGAAGAUGAUUCAGGAAAAGAAUGCAGAAAAGGCCACACUUACCAAAGAAUUCCAAAAACAGUUAUCUACUCUUCAAAAGGAACACAAAAAAGAACUGGAUGCAAUAAUGAGAAGAUUUGCUAAUGCUGCAGCAGAUCAAGAGAGGUUACAGGAAGUGGAAGAGGAACUGAAAGAACUCAAGUCAGAGCAUGCCACACUACAGAGAGAGCACAAACAGACUACACAGCAACUCAAUAGGACUGUGAAUGACUACACUGAUGCUAAAAUCCGGUUGUCAGAUUUUGAGACCAGGUUUGAGGAAAAAGUAAGAGACGUAGACGACAAGUACAAGGCUGAAAUUCACAGUCUCAUGAAGCAAAACACAGAACUGAGGCAAAUGUAUGUCAAGAAGUGUGGUGAGUUAUUUGAUGAGAAAACCUCCACAGAGGAUGCAGUAUUGGAGCGAGUACAAAGUGCCAAAGAUACCAUGCAAGCCUUGAUCACCAGUAGAACCAGAGCCAAUGUCAGCGUGGCAGCAGUGGAUCCAAAACUGGAUUCAAAACCACGGAAGUUAUAUGUCAGGCCAGCUAGUGCCCCUAUCACUAGAAGUGAGGCUGAAGCGGCACAGUUAUGUGCUGGUCAAACUCGCCAUAUUAGUGACAGGCCUUCAGAGCCCCCUAUUAGGCCGCGGUCCAGUGCUAUGGCCAUGGCUGAACAAAGGUUAAGUAAAAGUGUCCAUUGGGCACUUGAUGACCAAAUGGAUCAAACACAGGAAGAUGUUUAGAAAAAGAAGGAAAGUCCAGGUUAACAACAGCAAGAGCAGUUAUUGUCUUCAAUAAUUUUGGUGCUAGAGCUGACACCACAUUUAACUAGUGGGCAGUGGAAUUAAAGCUCAAAUGUAUUUAAUACCCAGUUACAAUAACAAAGAUGCAACACUACAGUUAUUCGAAUCAGGACCUGAUUUGUUAUUUAUUCGAAUAAAUGACUUUAGUGUGAACGGGGUAUAUUAGUUAAUACUGGUUUCCAUUCUUUUUGAAAUGGUUAAUGUCACAGAUUUAGACUCCGUUCACAUGAAAAAUCUAUUUUCUAAAAAUCUAUUUGUGGUAUCUUUGGAUCACGGUC